AUGGAGACGGGCGGGUGCCGCAUGAGCGGGGCGGAGCCGGCGGCCAUGAUCACGCUGGAGGAGCUGGGCGGGCUGGCGGAGGAGAGCCCGGACUCCGCGUACCACAGCAACGGCAGCAGCCUGGAGGAGGAAGCCGAGCGCAUGGAGGAUGAGGAGCAGGAGCGGCUGCUGAGCUACUGGCAGAACGUGGGCAGAGGGCACCAGGUGGACGUGCCCCGGGACAUGGCAGAGCCCAUCCAGCAGCUGACUAGAAACAACAGUCCCCAGGAGAGACAGACCAUCCCCUUCACUCUGAUCCAGCGCAAAGAAAAGCUGGGAGAUCUGCUGUACGAGAAGCGUCAGUACGGGAAAGCCAAGUGGGCUUGCAUAAAGAUGAAGGAGAAGCAGUAUGAGCAGAGUAUCUGCCUAGGCUUCAUGAAGCUCAUGAGGUACAUUUGUGAGCAGAACUCCUCAGGCCUGUACUUGGGAAUAACCAUCCCCAUUGUGACCAUCGUGCACACAAACGAGUCUCAGUCAGAGAUGACACAGUCAGUGACAGUAGCCUACUACCUGCCCGAAGUGCUGCAGGAUGAGCCACCGCAUCCGUUUGACUCGGACAUCAUCAUCGAAGAAUGGCCUUCUACUAUUGUUUAUAGCAGGAGCUUCAGAGGAAUCACCAAUGAAGACUCUAUCAUGAGAGAAAUCAACCUGCUGGCAGCAAUCCUGGAGAGCCCCGAGCUGUGUCUGCAGGACACGUUCAUCAUCGCAGGAUACACAAACCCAGCCGCUGCCAACCGACACAACGAGAUCUGGUUCCUUCAGAGACCAUGA